ACACUUCCUAGUUACUUCGUCGCUUGGCUUCCUUUGCCAGUCAGCUGAGCUGUCUAUAACAACAAUAACUGCCAGGAAUAUAUACUGCUGAGUCAACAGGACAAGUCACAGAGGAAAGAGACGUGAACAUAACGUUGUACAUCUCAGAUGAAAAGGAGAGACUGCUGACCCACAAUGGAGGAUUUCAGGCGCACAUACCUGCGUCUGUGUAAGGAGGGAGGUGUGGAGCCUCAGGAGAGUGUUGUGGCUCAGCUCCAGGAGAACAGGGCUGCUCUGGGCUCCAGACUGGACCUGAGUGGACAGAGCCUCUCUGCAGAUACCUGCUCUGUGCUGGCCAGGGCCUUCCAGAAAGAUACUGUGUUUACAGAGGUGUCACUCAGUGACUGCAUGCUCAGCGAGGAAGGGGCCAACAUGCUGCUCACUGGACUGUUUGGCAACACAACUGUAAAAGUCUUGGAUCUAAAGGGGAAUAACCUGAGAUUCAAAGGAGCUGAGGUGUUGGGAAAGCUGUUGGCACGUAACAAGACUCUGCACAGAGCAGACCAUAGGGCACAACUCAGACAGACAGUCCACCCUGAGAGAGAGCCGCAGCAGGACACAGGUCCUCAGCAAGGAGAUUCAUACGCUAAAGGAGGAGAAGGGCCGACAGUUCCUAAGCCUGAUGGAAACUAUAGACAGGCAGAGAGAGGAGAUGGGACGCUCCAGCAGGUCCACCUCCAUUCAGAUUGGCCAGCUCCAGGAAGCUCUGCAUGAGAGGAAGUCAGCUCUCAACUCUCUCACUGCCAAAUUGCAGAUGACAGAGGCGGCCCUCGCCCUCUCUGAGCAGAAAAAACACAACAUGGGAGAGCUGCUGACACGGGUAAAGUCUGAGAAGGAAGAACAGAGGGAACGACAGAGCAGAGAGAGGAAGAAAGAGCAAGAGGUGGAGAAUGUAAAUCGACAUCUGGAAGAGAGUGAGAGGGCUCUGCAGGAACGCAUCUUCAAACUGGAGGGACAGCGGAUACAACUGGAAGAGGAACUGAGUAAAGCUAAAGCAGCCUGUGUGACUGAGAGGGCCCAGGCAGAGGAAGAACUGGGACGAAUGCGAGCUCAUGUGCGUCAGGAGGAGCAGGAGCACGUGUCAUCCUUGGAGGAGAAGCUUCGCUCGGUGCGCUCCUCCCUGCAGGAGGUCCAGCUCCACUGCUCGCAGCAGAAACAGACCAUCUCUGAGCUGCAGGUGAAGAACAGCCAGCAGAGUAUCGAGAUGGAAGGACUGCGGCGCAGGAUAGAGGAGCUCCAGCAGGAGCUGUCGGGUAAGGACCAGGAGAAGGUAGCUGAGGUGAGCCGGGUGAGGGUGGAGCUGCAGGAGCAGAUUGGACAUUUUCAGGCAGAGAGGACGGCACAGGGAGGACUGAAAGAGAAGAUCAGUGCUCUGGAGAGAGAGAUCAAAGUACUAAGCAGUAACCACAGAGAGGCGCUGCUCGACAAAGAGAGCGAGAUGUCUUCCCUGCUGGAGAAGCUUCGGAUGAAAGAGGCGGAGAUCCAGAGGAUGAGGGAGGACGAGGCCCACAGAGCCAGCUACCUGCAGAGCGCCAUCCUGACCUAUGUUCAGGGCUCCCCUCUGGGACACUACAGCAGCCCCAAGAAAUGACCAAGAGACCCUAACCCUUCAGCUGGAAACCUCUGAGACCUCACUGCACAGGUCAGGACAGUCUGGAGGAUUAAAAGAAAUCAUGACUGUCUGAACUUGAUAGAUAGAAAAGACUGUAGAAUAAGGAGUGCAACAGUAACAGGGUUUAAAAAGUCUGGACCUUUUUAAAAGAAAAACUGUAGGAACCUUAUUCUUACUCCCAGUUACAUCAUCAGGACAAACCUCACUUCUAUAGUCCCAACACAUACACUUAGUUUAAAGUACUCAUCUUAAAAGGUAACUUCAUUAUUUUUCAACCAGAGAGACUAAUGGAGACAACAGUUUUGAGUGUGGUCCAGUAUUGAGUGAGAGUGCUGCAGUUGCAAAACAACACAGUGGCGUGUUCAGAAGGGGGUCAAUGGCCACCCCUGAAAUUUGCUAAAUUUUUUUGCUUUCAGAGGCUGUAGCGGGCUCUGCAAGGUGGCUAAAUAACGCUCCAAAGUUAGGCUUGAUUUUGGUGAUGGAAAAGCAAGAUAUCUGAAAUAAAAUGGGUUCUAUGGGUACUUAUGAGUCUCCCCUUUGCAGACACUUUAUGCUAAUCUCAUGCAGUUUUGGGAACAAACCAUGCAGUUUUGUGUUUUUUUUACUCCUAGUGUAUUUGAAUAUUUCUGCAGAAUGAUGUCAAUAAACAGUACUGGAAUUGCUUAAAUUGGCAAUGACUGGAAAGCUGAGGCACAUACUUCCUGCCAACCCGGUAUAAGUCUGUGCCCCACUUGUGCCACCCCAGUCAAAAAACAUAAUCCUUGCAGGCAAUUGCACUCCAUCAAAAUAAGUCCAUUAAAAGUGCUUGUUUUUGUCAAUGACUGCCUAAGAUUGUGUUUAUAAGUGUCUUACAACAUUAUAGAAAGAGUUGGACAGAAAGAUUUAACGUUUUCAGUAACUUUCACUUGAUCCAGUCUGGGAAGUCUUCUCUGUGGGCUUAGGGUCACAGCACCCACAGGACCACCAGAAGUCUUGUGAGCUUCGCAGCCUUGCAGCAACCGGUUCACCUCUGCCUGUUGCCCCUCUCUUUUCUCAUCCACUCUUCAGUUUGGCCAUUCAAUUCAAAGGUCUCAGCUAUGACACUGAAAAUAUUUUUACACUGAGCUACGCUUUCUUUACUCCAACACAACUAACUCUUUCCAGUGACUUCACUCACGUUUCCCCUGUUGUCUUCCUGCAACAAGUCACCUCACCUCCCCCGAGAUUUCAGAACGAGACUUCUCCUUGAGCAAGACUUGGUUAGACACAGUGAAUCAAGAGGGGAACAGAAAACAUGUCAUUUCUCUGUAGGACCUCUUUUCAGACACUUAUAACAACAAUCUGAGCCAGUCAGUAGCAAAAACACUUUUAAUGGAUGUAUUUUGACAGUGCAAAAUUGGAGGAUUAUGUUUUACUCUCCCUGAAUACAGGACUAAAUUCAGAACUUGUCCCCAUUAGUCACUUUGACACAAAAUAAGGUGUAGGUGGAAAAAUACCAAAGUUACCAUGGUGUAUUUCAUAGUCCACUGAGUAUAUGUAUAGUAUAUCACAUGAAAGAUAUAUUUAGAUACAUUUUCAGAUACAUUCUGCAUUUUAAUGCUCUUUCAUCUGUCACCACCCUCACUACUUUUUUUCCACUACUGGUGAACGGGAGGGGGAGGCUGGGGGUUGCGAUCUGCAACUUCAUUACUGGAUUCCACUAAAUCCAACACACUGGUCCUUUAAAUGAAGGGAUGACACAGUUGUCUAAAUAUCAAAAAGAAGAAAAGGGGUUAAAACAUUAUCAAGAACCCUGCUAAGUAUGCCCAAAAGUGCUAUUGCAUCUUCAUCACUGUCUUCUUUUUCUAAGAUUGAUUAUUUUAAGAAAAAAUACUGCUGGUCAUGAAACCAAACAUUUAAUUUCCUGUGAUCACAUCCCUGUCUUUAUGUUUUCCAUUCUACAUGCUUGUCUUUAGCUCUCCCAUUAACUGAGAUGAACUGUAAGUGAUCAUUUAUGUGUUUGACUGUCCAUCCCCAUCCUGUUGUACUCCUCCAGACUUAAUGGAUUGAAGGCAAUGUAGCAUUGUAGCAAGAGUGUUUACAUACAAAAGGAGAUUUGGGUUGAAAUGUGCCUUAUUUGUAUCUGUCAGACCAGACUGCUGCCCCUCUCCAGCUCAGAUGCAGGGAGCAGAUUCACAAAAUCUUAUUUGCUGUUUUUACUCAUUAUAUUUAAUGAAGCAAGUUCUAAUUCAGCUCUGGAUGCAGGCCUUUAUAAUACAAAUAGCUGUUUUAUAUGUUUGUCAUUUUAUUUUUCCCUUUUGCUCUGAUUUUGAUUGCAUGUGUUUUUAUAUACAUUAAAUGUGGUUAAUUGUGAA